AUGCCUCCUCCACCCGUACCACCCAAAGCCAUGGCUAUCCUGGAGCCUGAAAUGAGUGCGCUCAUGGAUUGUUUCAAGAACGCGGUAGUAAAAACCGGUCAAAUAUAUUCCUUUCAUGCUGAUUCCCGAAGACUUGGUAUUAACAAAUAUGCUCCAUAUCCACCUCGUUUUUUGACAGAUUCCCUCGGACGAGAGGUCGAAAAAUUCGAUCAACUUUAUGAUGCGAUGGAAUCGCGUUUGCUUCGAGCUAUCGCUGUGCUAGAACGAGACCUAGCUCGCGAGCAGCGUCGUGCUCGCGAAGCCGAGAAUGCCGCGAUCGCUACCCGCACUCGUUCCAAAUCCACAUCGGAGUCUCCAACCACACGCAAAGUUCCUUUACCUCCACUGGAGGUCAACACAGAUGUCGUCAUGGGUCCACCAGCUCUUCCGUCUCAAGCAUCUCCUCCCCAAGGUCUUGCGAAUCCCACUCGCCGCGGAUCAACCAUUUCCCUAUCAUCCUUGCACCGCCCCCCAUUUCCUCUCAAAUUAGACCUCUCAUCAUCCUCCCUCCGAAUGUCCGCAGAAGAAGCCGCUUUAUUUUCCCAAAGUUUGCCUUCUCCGGUAUCCCUUGCGCCCAAAUCAGCUCGUCCCUCAGCUCAAACGGAGUUAGACCUUAUGGCUGCAUUUGCGUCUUCACAACACGUUGACAUUGACUUAACUGUCGAAGAUGAUUCCCCCUUGCCUCCCAUCGAUGCGUCCUUAGGAAAUUCGGCAGACAAGCCAAUUGAGCUCGAUCUUGACUCCAUCGACAUGGAAAUGUCAACCAUGACAGACCUUUUUGGAGAUGGAACCGAAACGGGUUCGGGAGAGAACAGUGGGGUAGAAGGCAUAUUUUCCCCCAUUGUUCCUGAUUCUGGGGCUUCAAACCCCGCAAAAGAGUCUCAAGAAGGCGGUCUUGACAUGGAAAUGCUUGGCGCAUUAUCAGCAGUGGAUAACAGCAACCACGGCAAUGACAUGUUUGGACCACCAGAAUCUGAUGGACUGCAAUCUGGACAGCAUUCUACGCUUGGCGUCCAGAGUGCUCAUCCUGGAAAUGUGGCACCUUCCCCCGGUGCGAUUCUCGCAAGUUUCGCUACUUCUCAAUCAGAUGGGACCAGUCACCAGCCUCCAAGUGGGGACAGCAAUUUCGAUUUGUCUACUCUUGAUCUUGCCAACUUCGACCAUACCUUCUUCCACCGGCCCUCAGAUAUGAACCUCAUGGAUAUGGAGGCGUUGCUGGACUCCAUGGGUCAGGGCGGGGGCAACUCUGAUGGGUCAAAACCACCAUCAUGA